UAAACCUAAAAUAAACUGUGACAUCUGCUCUCCAUCUGUGUUUAUGUGAAAUGAAGCUCACUCUCUUCUGUCAAUCUCUCUCGCCUUUGUUUUUCAAGUUACUGAAAGCUCAAUAAUCUCCAUGAAUUCUAGCUUUAUACAUACGGUACGCUUCUUUUGAUCUUCCUCUGUGUAGAUCGAGCUUGAAAAGAAAGAUUAAUUUUACUUGCUGUUUGAUAGAUAUCCAGUUCAAUUUUUUGCUCUGUUUGUUGCUUUCUGUAUUGUAAUUUCAUCUUGUAUUGCUUCUUGAUUUCUAUCAAUCAAUCAAAAACCCAAACCCUAAAAGAGGAAAGGAAAGGGGGAAAAAAAAGUGUGAAAUGGCUGUGGAAAAUUCUUCUGUUUGGGGAAAUUUUGAUAGAGUAAGAAAUUCCUUCCGUCCACCAUUCGGAUUUGUGGAGUUCAAGUCACGAAUUUCCACUCUGAAAUAGGUAAUUGAGACACUAACAAUGAUGAGAUCAACAUCAUUGGAAUAUGUGGUAUCAAUGGUGUUGGAAAAACAACAAUGGUGAAACAAGUUGCCGUGAAAGCCCAAAAAGAAAAUCUAUUCGAUGAGAUUGUUAUGGUAGUGUCAGGGUCCUUGAGUAACAUUCAAUGCCAAAUAGCCGACCAAUUGGGUUGAAAUUGGAGGGAGAGACUUUAAUUGAAAGAGCUGCUUGUCUGCAUCGGAGACUAGCAAAUGGUAAGAGAAUCCUUCUUGCACUUGAUGAGCUUUCAGUAGAGCUCGUCUUUUAUCAGAGGGUUGAUCUUGAGGCCAUAGGGAUUCCGAUUCGGGGCGAAAAUAGGGGUUGCAAAGUUGUGCUGACAUCAGAAGCGGAUUUUGUUUGCAGUCAAAUGGGAGCCCAAAAGAAAAUUCAAGUAAAACCCUUGACAAAAGAAGAAGCAUGGCAUCUUUUUAAGGAGAUGGCUGGUGAUUCUGUUGAUGCUCCUGACAUCCGAUCAAUAGCUGAGCAAGUGGUAACUGAAUGCCUAGGUUUUCUACUUGCACUCAGAGCUAUUGGAAGAGUGCUAAAAAAUAAAUCCAAUUUUGUAUGGACUGAUGCACUCAAACGAUUAAGAGUUGAUAAUCAAGAACUAGAAAUUUUGGAACAUCUAGAGACACGGAAAGAAGAAACGGCUGGUCCACAUCUUUGUUUAAGUUAUGAUAGUUUAGAAGACGAGGAAACGAAGUCGUUGUUUUUGCUAUGCUGUUUAUAUCCGGUGGAUCGUGAUAUUCAUAUUGAAGAAUUCGUUAGAUGCAGAAUGGGGCUACGUAUUUUCAAAGAUAUCAAUGGAUUGGAAGAAACAAGAAAUCGAGUACGAUUGUUGGUUGAUCGGCUAAAAAGCUAUUGUUUGUUAUUAGAUGGUGACAAGGAUGAGAAUGAGAGCGUCAAAAUGCAUGAUAUAGCGCAUGAGGUUGGCAGAACUGGUAAGAAUGCUUUUUUUAUACUGCACGGACAUUACUUAUGAAGGUUACACUUCCAUUUCAGUGAUAUUGGAUAAAAUUACAGAGCUACCAGAAUCGUUAAGAUGCCCAAAACUCAGGAUGUUACUGUUAGCAUGCAUGAAUAAUUCACUAAAAACACCAAACAGUUUUUUUGAGGGUAUGAGAACAUUGCAAGUUCUAUAUUUGGAGCUCUCCAUUGCGUUGCUGCCGUCAUCAGUUCAGUUUCUGAGAAACCUGCAUACUUUGACUUUGAAUCUUCCAAAUUACGAGUUGGAAAACAUAACUGCAAUAGGAGAGCUAUUGAAUCUGGAAAUCCUCAGCUUGUGUGCUCCCUCUGUCAAGGUGUUACCAGAAGAAAUAGGAAGACUUGCUAAUUUGACAUUGUUAGAUCUAACAGGAUGUCAUCGUCUUGAAAGAAUAUCACCGGGUGUCAUUUCAGGCCUAGUCCGAUUACAAGAACUGUACAUGAUGGACAGCUUUAGCAAUUGGGAAGCCGACAAAGGAGAAAGCAAAGAAGGAAGAAGAAAUGCAAGCCUGAGAGAGCUACAGUCCUUGUCCGAUUUGAAAAUAUUAGAGAUUUAUAUGCCCGAUGCAGCGCUAUUGCCAAGAAACCCUCUCUUUGCAGAUCUGACGAAAUACAAGAUACGGAUAGGUGAUAAUGGCUGGUGGAGCGUGUUCCCAUUCCAAAAGCAUUUGUUAUUGAAACUCGAUAAGAGUAUUGCUUUGCAUGGUGGGGUUAGUAAGCUAUUGAAGUGUACUGAGCUUCUAACUUUAAGAGGGAAGGGCUCAAGGAAUGUGGUGCAUGAGUUAGUUCAAGAUGGCGUCCAGCACUUGAAGUACUUAUCAAUUGAGUCUUGUGAUAUGCUUUUUUGUCUUGUUGAUACAAUGGAUUUAUCACUUGAUUCCAGUGCUGCUAUUUUCCCCAUCAUGGAGUCAUUAAAGCUUGAUGAUUUGCGUAGGUUAAAAGAGAUAUGCUGCGGCCAACUUCCAGAAGGGUCCUUUGGGAAACUAAGAACAUUGAUAUUACAACUCUUACCUUCUUUGACGCAUUUCUUGGUGGAGGAUCCAGCUCAAACUACUGUCUCCCUCCAUAAUCUGAGAUCUGUUGAGUUAGAUCGCUGUAAUGGCUUGCGAAAUCUCUUUUCAUUGUCAAUGGCACGAGGGCUUGUGCAACUUCAAGAACUUCGCAUAUCGCAUUGUGAAAUGAUGAAAGAAGUUAUUUGGGAACGAAGAGGAGAAGAUGGGCAUGCAACCAACAAGAUUGAAUUCCCUCGUUUAGAAUACAUGGCACUUAUACAACUAGAAGGCCUCACUGGUUUCAGCAGAGGAAUUGACAAGAUUGAGUUCCCUCAACUGAAGAAAUUGCACAUCAAAUGUCUACCAAAGAUCAUGAGUUUCUUUCCCAAUGAGAGUACACUACAUUCAGAUGAAAACUGCAAUGCUACCUUGCAAUCUAUUUUCCCCCAACAGGAUGCAUUUCCCAGCUUGGAGAAAUUGGAACUUGUUGGAUUGCUAAAUGCGAGUGACUUGUGGGGCAGUGAACUUUCAACCGAAUCAUUCUGUAAACUUAGAUCCCUCUAGGUGGAAGACUGUCAUGGAUUAGUGAAAAAUGUUGUUCCAGUUAAUAUAAUAAAAAUGUCACCCAAUCUAGAAAAAGUAAAAAUAUAUAACUGUGAUUCGGUGGAAGAUGAAGAUGUAUUCGGAUUUGGAGGCCGCCAAGGAAUUCCUGUUGCAAACAUAAGAAGGUUGAUUGUUAGAUGUUGUGGCAGCUUGAGAAAUCUGUUCCCUCCUUCCAUUGUUAGAGGUCUCAUGCAUCUCCAAGAACUAACAAUAGAUGGUUGCUCAAUGAUGGAAGAAGUUAUUUGGGAAGGAAGAGGAGAAGAUGGGCAUGUAACCAACAAGAUUGAAUUCCCCCGUUUAGAAAACAUUUCACUUACAGAACUAGAAGUCCUCACUGGUUUCAGCAGAGGAAUUGACAAGAUUGAGUUCCCUGAACUGAAGAAAUUGCGCAUCAAAUAUCUACCAAAGGUCAAGAGUUUCUUUCCCAGUGAGAAUAUACUGCAUUCAGAUGAAAACCGCAAUGCUACCUUGCUCUCUAUUUUCCCCAACACGUAUAUUCAUAUAUAAAUAUAUUCAAAAGCAAGUAAUCAUUAAGUUCUUAGGAGAACAAAUAUCUACAUCUAUGAUGCAUCUGUCUCUUGGUUACUUGUCUCGAGAUUUUGGUUGAUCUUAUUCAACAUUCCAAUAGUACAAUAAGUUUCUUA